GGCCGCCCUGCUGCCCGGCCCGGGGACGCCCGCUGCCCACCGGAUCGUCUCCAAUGGAGCUGGUGUCGGCCUCCCUUCUCCUCCUCCUCUGCCUCUGCUGCAUUCUCCUGGCCUCGGCGUGGAAGAGCCGGGACCAGCGAGGGCAGCUGCCGCCAGGCCCUGCCCCCCUGCCCCUGCUGGGGAACUUUCUGCAGCUGGACAGGACCAAUGUUAUCCACUCCCUGGAGAAGCUGCGGGAGAAGUACGGCCCGGUGUUCACGGUGCACCUCGGCUCCCGGCGGGUGGUGGUGCUGUGUGGCUACCAGGCAGUGAAGGAGGCCCUGGUGGACCAGGCCGAGGACUUCAGCGGGCGCGGGCAGAUCCCGGCGUUCUCUAAGGAUUUCAAUGGGCACGGGGUGGUUUUUGCCAACGGGGAGCGGUGGCGGCAGCUGCGCCGGUUCUCCCUCACCACGCUGAGGAACUUCGGCAUGGGGAAGCGAUCCAUCGAGGAGCGGAUCCAGGAGGAGGCGCAGUGUCUGGUGGAGGAGCUCUGGAAAACCCAAGGGGCACCCUUUGACCCCAUCUUUAACCUGAGCCAGGCCGUCUCCAACAUCAUCUGCUCCAUUGUCUUCGGGAACCGCUUUGACUACGAGGACGAGAAAUUCAUCACCCUGAACAAGCUCAUAUUCACGCGGUUCCGUUUCGCAGGUUUAUCCUUGGCCCAGCUGUACAAUGCCUUCCCUGGCAUCCUGGAGAAGAUUCCUGGGCCUCACCACGAGGGAAGCAAAUGCUCCCAGGAGAUAAUCAGCUUUAUUUCAGAGAGAAUCAAACUGCAGCAGGCGACCCUGGACCUCAACGCCCCCCAGAACUUCAUCGACUGCUUCUUGGCUAAAAUGGAGCAGGAGAAGCAGAAUCCAUCUACUGAGUUUUCCAUGGAGAACCUAGUCAUGGCCACCUUCAAUUUAUUCUUCGCCGGGACCGAGACUGUCAGCACCACCCUGCGCUACGGCUUCCUGAUCCUGCUGAAAUACCCGCAGGUCCAAGAGAAAAUCCAUCAGGAAAUUGACGCGGUGAUUGGGAGGGAGCGAGCGCCCACCGUGGAGGACAGGGGCAGGAUGCCAUACAUGGACGCCACGCUGCACGAGAUCCAGCGCUUCAGCGACAUCCUGCCAAUGAGUCUCCCGCACACCGUGACCAGAGACACCCGCUUCCGGGGGUACCUCAUCCCCGAGGGGACGUACGUCUACCCCCUGCUGAGCACGGUGCAUUUUGACCUAGAAGAACAUAAAACCCCCGAAGCUUUCGCCCCCGAGAGGUUUCUAAGUGAGAACGGCUGCUUCAAGAAACAGAACGCCUUCCUGCCCUUCUCCGCAGGGAAGCGGGCGUGCCUGGGCGAGGGCCUGGCCCGCAUGGAGCUCUUCCUCUUCUUCACCACGGUCCUGCAGCGCUUCGCCCUCCACUCGCCCGUCGCCCCGCAGCAGCUCAGCCUAGCCCCCGACGUCAGCAAUUUCGGGAAGGUGCCGCAGCGCUACCAGCUCUGCCUCCGCCAGCGCUGACCGUGGAAGGGUUGCCAACUCGCCGAUUGCAAAACACCAAACACUCCUGCCCCGCCCCUUCUCUCAGGCCCCGCCCCCUGUUGACUCCAUCCCCCCUCACGCCGUUGCUCGCUCUCCUCCACCCGCUCACUCGCUCCUUUUCACUGGGCUGGGGGGAUUGGGUUGCAGAAGGGGUGCGGGCUCUGGCAGGGGGGGCAGGCUCUGGGGUGGGGACAGAAGUGAGGGGUUUGGAGUGUGGGAGGGGGCUCUGGGCUGGGGCAGGGGGUUGGGGUGCAGGAGCAGGUUCGGGGUGCGGGCGGCGCUUACUUCAGGUGGCUCCCAGAAGUGGCCGGCAUGUCCGGCUCCUAGGCAUGGGGCGGCCAGGCGGCUCUGCGCGCUUCUCCCAUCCGGAAGCGCUGCCCCUGCAGUUCCGAUUGGCUGCGGUUCCUGGCCAAUGGGAGCUGCGGAGCUGGCGCUCGGGGCGGGGGCAGGUGCAGAGUCCCUUGGCCACCCCUACACGUAGGAGCUGGACAUGCCGGCCACUUCCGGCAGCAGCGCGGAGCCAGGGCAGGUAGGAAGCCUGCCUUAGCCCCACUGCGCUGCUGACCAGACUUUUAAUGGCCCGAUCAGCGGUGCUGACCGGAGCUGCCAGGAUCCCUUUUCGACCAGGCGUUCCAGUCAAAAACCAGGUGCCUGGUAACCCUAAAUGCUGGCAGGGGAUCCCCACAGCUAGCCUCGGCCUGUUGGGAUUGUUACGUCUCAGAUUCACCUCUGAAGGGGUUUUCUGGCCUCCCCCAGCCACGCCGUGUAAAACAGAUUUCAGUUGUAGUCUUGUGUACGCUGUGCUUCAGUCGACCCAGCCUGGCCUGGGUGUCAGGACUCCAGGGUUCUAUACCCGGCUCGGGGAGGGGAGUGGGGUCUAGAGGGUUAGAGUGGGGGUGCUGGGAGCCAGGACUCCUGGGUUCUAUCUAUGAAAGGGAGAAUUGUCUAGUAGUUAGAAUGGGAGUUGGGAUUCCCGGGUUCUGGGUCUAGUAUUUACAGCUUGGGGCUAGGAACCAGGACUCCUGGGUUCUAUCCUCAGCUCAGCCCGUGACCUGCUGCGUCACCUUGGGCACGUCACUGCCUGCUUCCUCAGUUUCCCCCUCUGUAACACGGCCAUAAUGUAGGGCCUGAAGUCUUUUCCCACGUGAGGCCAGCAGCAGAAAGUCACGUCCUCACAUCCCAUCUAAAUUGCAUCAACCCAGUGUAAUCUGGGGCCGAGGAGAAGGCCCCUGUCCUUGCAGUGUCCACCACUACCAGAUAAAGACAUCGAGCUUAAGAUGUUUACAGAAAACUUUGGGUGAGAGCAUCUGUCUGGCAAGGAACCGUUGUGGUUGUGAAAUCUGUCUUGUUUUGCCUUUAUGGUCCUUCAGUUUCUCUGCAUGGUUUCUGGCUGGUUCUGUGAUUGUUUCUAUCUGUUGUGUAACUCAUUUUGGGAGCUUGGUCCUGUCUCGUCUCGGGAGGUUUAGAUCCACUAAGGGGGUGGGCUGGGAUUGGGUGAAGGUUGUUUUGCCAUCUGUUAGGAUUGGACACAGAAUUAGUUUGGAACAUUUUAGUAAAAUGCUUGGCGAAGGUCUAGCGAAGCAGGACUCGUGUUUAACAAUUUAAACUGGGGCCCAAAAGGAAAUUCUUUGGAGCCAGCUCCAGGACCCAGCCCACGCUCAGAGCUACCAGACCUCAUCCCCCUGCCAAUGACACCGUGCAGAAGCUGGAGUCCCCAGACGAUCUAAUCGUGACUGGCUGUCCCAGAGUCCCCGGGCGAUGCUCUGGAACUGCUCCCCACAAAGCCAGUCAGGACUUUGGGGAGCCUCCUCUCCCUCGGAGCAGACUGUCUCCAGGGCAAGAAGCUCACAUGGCUUCACCUCCUGGGUCUCUCCUGGGAGCAUUCAGCAUAUGCCCCUCCGUGCGCUUCCCACAGUGAGUCCGCCCAGGCGGGGUCCUGGGGAAGCCAGAGGGUCCUGCAGCCCCACUUCGCAGUCAGACGUGACUCUCAGCCAGCCAGUAAAACAGAGGUUUAUUAGAUGACAGGAACAGGGUGUAAAACAGAGCUUGUAGGUACAGCGAACGGGAUCCCUCGGCCGGGUCCAUUCUGGGGUUCAGAGAACCAGACACCCACGUCUGCCCUCACUCCUAGUCCCCAGGUAGCUCCAACUCUGAAACCCCCUCCAGCCCCUCCUUCUCCCGGCUUUGUCUCUUUCCUGGGCCAGGAGGUCACCUGAUCUCUUUGUUCACCUUUAGCUAUUUCCUUGCAGGGGGGGAAGGGGCCCUGGCCAUUUGUUGCCAGGGAGACAAAGUGUCAGUGAUUUAUGCACACUGGCCUUUCCCCACCACCUAGAGACUUAAGAAAUGCAUAGGGGAAACUGAGGCACCCACACAGUAUUCAGAGGAAACAUUAGGGUUACCAUAUUUAACAAAUAAAAAAAGAGGACCCUCCACGGGGCCCUGGCCCCGCCCAUUUUCCACCCCAGCCCCGCCCCAACCCCGCCCUGACUCCUCCCCCUCCUCCCUCCCACGAGUGCUCCCGGCUUCACGGUUUGCCGGGCAGCCCCCAGACCCUACGCCCCCGGCCGGCGCUUGCCCAGUGCAGCUGGAGCCCGGGAGGGGAAGCGCCUGGCUGGGGGCGCAGGGUCUGGAGGCUGCCCGGCAAACCGUGAAGUCGGUAGCGCUUGGGCUUCGGGCAGCCCCCUUGCCUCCGGACCCUGCGCCCCCAGCCGGGCACUUCCCCGCCCGGGCUCCGGUGGCGCAGGGUCCAUGGGGGCUGCCCAAAGCCCAUAGCGCUCGGCUCUUAAACAGAGCCGAAGAGUUGGGGAGGAGCAGAGCCGCCGCGGCCGGAGGCUCUGCUCCUCCCCUGACUCUUCGGCUCUGUUUAAGAGCCGAGCUGCCUGAGCGCUACCGGCUUCGGGCAGCCCCCAUGCCUCCGGACCCUGCACCGCCGGAGCCCGGGAGGGGAAGUGCCCGGCUGGGGGCGCAGGGUCCGGAGGCAUGGGGGCUGCCCAAAGCCCGUAGCGCUCGGCUCUUAAACAGAGCCGAAGAGUCAGGGGAGGAGCAGAGCAGCCGCGGGAGGGGAAGUGCCCGGCCGGCAUUUUCCCGGACAUGUUUGGCUUUUUGGCAAUUCCCCCCGGACGGGGGUUUGAUUGCCGAAAAGCCGGACAUGUCUGGGAAAAACCGGACAUAUGGUAACCCUAGGAAACAUUAAGAACAGUCCCACUUCGUCACACUGGCCACCGGGAAAAGUUCGUCUGCCCUAUUGGGAGUGGUCAGCAGUGUACAUGCGGCGGGUGCCUUCUGGUUUGGUGAUUGUUAAAAAAUAGGGGUUCGGGAUAUCACUGUGUAAGGCUCCUUCACUGGUAAAAGGGCCCUGAUCUCGGCCGGGGUCUGGGCAGCGCCCAGCCCGACGGGGCCCUGAUCUCAGCCGGUGUCAGGGCAGCGCCCGGCCCAAUGGGGCCCUGAUCUCGGCCGGGGUCUGGGCAGCGCCCAGCCCGACGAGGCCCUGAUCUUGGUUGGGGUCUGGGCAGCGCCUGGCCCGACGGGGCCCUGAUCUCGGUCGGGGUCUGGGCAGCGCCCGGCGUGACGGGGCCUGAUCUUGGUUGGGGUCUGGGCAGCGCCCGGCGUGAUGUGGCCUGAUCUUGGUUGGGGUCUGGGCGGCGCCCAGCACGAUGGGGCCCUAUCUUGGAUGGGGUCUGCAUCCUACCUGCAGAAAAUGGCACGAAGGCCCUGUUCUCUUUGAAGGUGCGGUUUUCAUCCAGAAAACACUUGGGGCUAAAUUUAUCUGGGGUUUAAACUCCUUGGAGGUGAGGUGCAGAACCUGGUGGAGAGGCAGUGGAGCGGAGAUGGGGAGUAACUCGGCGUAGACGUAAUAAUCAUCAGGAGUGAGUGCCUGGGGCCAAGCAAGCGCUAUGGCACCGUUGCACUAAACUUCAGCUCCACGUUGUACUUAGCGAGCAAGGCACAGCGGGGCCCGCUCCGGGAUGUCAGCUGUGAGUAAGCGUAACGACUGACGAAAAUGAACUACAAUGGCUAGCAAAUAGCGAGCUGCAAUUAGCAAGUAUUCAUUAACAAUUAAUGCUAAUUACAAAUAAAGCACAUUGUAGGCAUGUGAGACAUGAGUAAUUACUGAUGGUUGAAAAUCAAUAAAUGAUUAGCAAAUAGCAUGUAUUCACAAUUAAUAAAUACAUACCCUACUCAUUAA